GUGUCACGUGUGUUUCCGAACAACAUGGCCGCUGCCCAGUUAAUAUAAGACAAAUAUCACCAAGGGAAAUGUGUGGAAUCUUUUGCAGUAUUUUCUCUUCGUCGGAUGAAACUCUUGUUAAACAAAAAGAAGUUUAUGAAAAAGUGAGCAAGUUUUUGCGGAGGCGAGGUCCAGACUCUUUUGGCCAAAGACAACUAAAUUUUCCUUUCUGCAAUGGUGACGAAAAAGAGUUUUGGAAGUCUAUGGCUAAUGGCACCUGUUGUCUACUCUUGGCUGCUGCUGUCCUUCAUCUUCGUGGGGCAAAAAUAACUGUACAGCCUUUCGAAGAUGACUUUGGUAACAUUUUGGUUUGGAAUGGUGAAAUAUUGAAUGGUCUAGAGGGUCAAAGGUCAAGAACAAGUAUCAUAGAAAACUGAUUCGCAGAAAGACAAACGGAGCAUGCGCAAAUUAAAUUAUGUCAAACUUUAUUGGUUAACGUGGAUAUUACUAAAAGCAAUAUACAAGUAACGCUUGAAGAAUAUGUAGUUAACGAUAGAUGAUACAGAAUGGUAGGUUUUAACUGUAAAAGACGUCAUUUUAAUUUUGAAAAAUGUAUUUGAAAAAGUGGGUAUGCGCAAAUAUUCCCACCCACAACAAUGGCAACGUGGCGUAUAUUGUUUGGAUAAAUAGAAAGCU